CUACAUAAAACGUUCGAACUCCUCGGCGACAUCUCUUUUGUUAACGGCAUUUUGUUAUCAAUUUGUGAAGUCAACCGAGGAUCAAUAGUCAUGCCUCGCGUCUAUGUUGGAAAAUUGAGUUAUCAUGCUCGAGAAAAAGACAUUCAGAGGUUUUUCAGUGGCUACGGAAAGGUUAUGGAAAUUGAUCUGAAAAAUGGAUAUGGCUUUGUAGAGUUUGAUGACAAUCGCGAUGCGGACGACGCAGUGUAUGAACUGAAUGGCAAGGAGUUGUGCGGGGAGCGUGUGACCGUGGAACAUGCCAGAGGACCGCGGCGCGACCGAGAUGGAUAUAGUGGUGGCGGGGGUGGUCGCAGUAGUAGUGGUUACAGCAGCAGCAGAAGCCGCACUGGCAGGGAUAAGUACGGGCCACCUGUCCGUACUGAGUACCGGCUGAUCGUUGAGAAUCUGUCCAGCCGCUGCAGCUGGCAGGAUCUGAAGGAUUUCAUGCGCCAGGCAGGAGAGGUCACGUACGCUGACGCCCACAAGGAGCGUACCAACGAGGGUGUCAUCGAGUUCGGCUCGCGUUCGGACAUGAGAAGGGCCCUGGACAAGCUGGACGGCACGGACAUCAACGGAAGGAAGAUCCGCCUGGUGGAGGAAAAGUCUCGCCGCCGCCGCUCCUACUCUGGCAGCCGCUCCAGGUCUCGCAGCAGACGUCGCUCUCGUAGCAGGAGCAGCCGCUCCAGGAGUAACUCCAGAUCCCGCUCCCGAUCCCAUUCUCGCAGCAAGAGGCGUCGCUCCAGGUCUGGAAGGAAGUCCCGUUCCCGCAAGUCUCGGUCCCACUCUCGCACCCGCAAAUCCAGAUCCCGCUCCGACAAAAGCAAGUCCCGUUCCAAGAGCCGCUCCAAGGUGAAAUCCGAGCGUGAUUCCCGCAGCCGCUCCAAGGAGAAGUUGGCCAGCAAGAAGUCCCGUAGCCGCUCGGCAUCCCCCAUGGGGAAUGGGAAGGAGGAGCCAACCUCUCACUCCCCGUCCCCAGCAGCUGACCGUCGCUCCAAGUCUCCGGACAAGCGAUCUGUCUCCCACUCCCCAUCUCGCUCCAGGUCUAGAUCAGCUUCCCGAGAUUAAAGGCAUUGCCCAGUUGUUUUUGCUUCAUCCACAUGUUCCCCAUUAGAGCAAUCUGGAUGUAUAGGAGCAGCUCUUAUUUGAUUUAACAGAUCUAUCGCAGCACCAGGUUAAUCAAGGCUUGCUCAGUCUUAAUCGGUGCCGCACUUAAAAAUCUAAACUAUGAUCUUGACAUUGUAUUAUUCAUGGCAUAAGAACGAUUUAGUCAUCUUUAUCGUAGAUUACAGCUAUUAAUACGUUUUGUACAUGGGGGAGCUUGUCUGAAUGGCUUUGUAUUUAAAACAAGUCAGGCCUUUUUCUUUCAUGUCCUUUUUUAGUUAUUAUUUGUAUUCAUUCCUCUGGUCUGCUUUUGCUUACCUCAGGGUGGCGUUUGACCCCCCCCCCCCCAAAAAAAAAUGUACUUGCAUGUACAUCUUGAAGACAAGCAGUUUUUUGGCAUUCAAUUAGGAGAUUUAACCGGGUAUAGUGGUACAGAUUCUACCCUUUCCCACAUGAGAAGACGUCUGAUUACUUGUAACCAUCUCCAUUUUUUUAUUGUACAUUUAAUAAAUGUUCUUAUGAAAA